AUGGAUAUCUUCAAGCCACUUCUCUCCCUAUUCAAGUCCAUCAAGACCAUCGUCUCCAUCCUCCGCGAGCUCUCCAACGACUGGUCCAAGGUCGUCGCGCGCGCCAAAGCGGCCCCGGGCUUCCCGCCCACCAAGCCGACCCUCUCCCAAUGGCAGGAUGACCCGCCAUACCCGGAGCUGGUCGACAUACAGUCGCCGGGCGGCCUGCCGCCCAAUGCCGACAUCGUGAUCAUCGGCUCAGGCAUCAGCGGCGUGUCCAUCGCGCGGUCUGCCCUGCGCGAGCUGCGGCGCAAGGGCACGCUCGCAGGUCGGCGCGUCAUCGUCCUCGAGGCGCGCCAGCUGUGCUCGGGCGCCACGGGACGCAACGGCGGCCACAUCAAGGCCAGCCCGCACGAGGUCUUCCACACCCUCGUGCACAAGCAGGGCUGGGACCGUGGGCGCGCGGCGCGCAUCUGCGCGUUCCAGCUCAGCCACCUCGACGUGCUGACCGAGCUGGCCCGGGCAGAGGGGAUUGAGGACGUCUCGGAGUGCAGGGAGGUGGAGACGGUGGACUUUGCGGUGGAUGAGGCUACCGAUGAGAGAAUGAAGGGCAUGAUGGAGGACUUCUUGCCGUAUGCGCCCGCGGGAUACGAGAUGGUUGGCCACACGGGCGAGCAGGCGCGGGAGAGGUUCGGGGUGAACGGGCGCGUCGUGGGUGCUGUGUCAUACACGGCUGGUGCGCUGAGCCCUUACCGGCUUGUCACGGUGUUGUGGAAGAAGCUGCUGGAUGAGUUCCCCGAGGUGCUGGCCAUUGAGACUGGGACCAGGGUGGAAGAGGUUCAGGUCAACGACCAGAGUGCUCGCUCCUCAAAGCUGGAAGACAAUAGUUCGUUCCCUUACGUCGUCGUCACUAGUCGGGGGCAAAUCUUCGCCCGUAACGUCGUCCAUGCCACGAACGCGUUCACGUCACAGCUGGUUCCAGGGCUCCGGGGCAAGGGGACGUCGGCGCUGUGUCAUAUGACAGCCCAGCGGACGCCUGGGUACUUUCCCGAGAGAGAUGGCAGCCGUUCAUGGUCUGUGAUUUUCGGUCAGGGGUUCGACUACGUGACACAGAGGCCGACGGGGGAGCUGAUGAUCGGAGGUGGCUUCUUCCAAGGCCCGAAGCAAGGCAUGGACAUGAUGGGUGUCUACGACGACAGCAAGAUUGAUGGCCUCACGCUCAUGCACUUGGAGGGCGUGAUACCUACCGUCUUUGACCCGGGCUACAAGGUGGAAGGCGAAGGCGCAAGAGUGAUCAGGGCUUGGUCUGGGGCGAUUGGCGUAACGCCUGAUUUGAUGCCGCUUGUCGGGAGGCUCGACCCGAGGAUUACGUCUAGGAAGAUCAAGCAGGACGCGAAGGAUACUGAUAAAGUGCCGUCGGGAGAGUGGAUCUCAGCCUACUUCUGUGGUGAUGGCAUGGUUUGGGCCUGGCUCUGUGGGGCGGCGUUAGGCAUUAUGCUGGCGGGAAGUGAGGACGAAGACUUGCCUGCAGAGCCCGGUCGACCUGCUGGCAAGUGCAAGUUGGCGAAAUGGUUUCCCCAGGAGCUAAAUGCUGGUUGGGAAAGAGUGAAAGGCAUGGAUAUCGUCGAUCUGGCUGAUGCGCUGUGA